GCACUAGCGUGCGACAAGGACAGACAUAUAGACGCGCUAGACAAGGAGAGCAGCAGUGUGCGACAAGGACAGACACAUACGCGCGGAAGACAAGGAGAGCAGCAGUGUGCGACAAGGACAGACAUAUACGUGCGGUAAACAAGGAGAGCAACAGUGUCCGACAAGGACAGACAUUCACACGCGAUAGACAAGGAGAGCAACAGCGUGGGACAAGGACAGAAAGUUUUUACUCUAUAUUAAAAUAAUAUGCGCUUAACUUAAUGGCGCGUUUGAUAUAAACUUGUCAAAAAUUUUAAAUAUUGUUAUAUAUAAUUGUAAAAUAUACAGAUAUAUUAUGUAAAUUAAGCAUAAAGCAUGAAGUAUGUAACUAUAUUGUUUAUUAAAUUGAUUAUUAAAUGACACUAAAUAUUCAGUGUGGGACAUACGAAAAAUUAUCACAUUAAAAAAUACGAUCCGUAUGUUGUAAUUUAUAAAUAAGUAAAGAUAUGAAAUAAAAUAUAAGAAAUGAAAUUGGAAGAUUUAAAAAGAAAUAAAAGUAUUUUAAAGGUUAGAAAAUACCCAAUAAAUGAUUUUAUGUCUGAUGAUAAGUAUUAUCUAUAAGAAAUGUUACGCUCGUCAGAAAUGUUUAAAUUUCUAUUUAAACCGAGUAAAUUGCUUUUAACAAAGACUGACCGCAAUAUAAAUCAAUGUGUGCAGAAAAUUUUUUUAUGGAAUCAGACUAUAAAUUUAAAUAAAAAUUGUGUGGAUAGCGGAGAAGAAGAAAAAGUUUUAAGAAAAAAAACUCCAAGGAUUUGUAAAAUUACACUUAUACAUCCGAAUAAAACUCUUUCUGUUACCACAUUAGAAGAAGCAGAAAAACUAGCUAAUCGGAGAAAUUUCCAAUUAGUAUUUGUAGCUGAGUCGUCUAAAAGUGGUAGAAAAGUUUAUCAACUUAAAGAUUCUUUGAUGCUUGAUGAACCUAUAAACGAUGUAGAAGAAAUGGUUGAAAAUGAACAAAAGCUAAAGGCUACUAAGUUAUUUACUAUAAAACACUCUAUAAUGGACCAUGAUUUAGAUAUAAAGAUUAAGAAUAUUAACAAAAUAUUGAAAAAAAAUUUUAAAGCUAAAGUAUUUUUUAAUCAUCCUAAUGGACCACAGGAAGAGACAUUAAAUUAUAUAAAAAAGAAAAUAGAAGGAAUUAUUUCAGAAAUGCGAGAGAAAAAAGGAACUACCAUACUUAUAUUUCUUCCUGCAUUAAACAAUAAAAAUAUGUCUUCAGAUAAUAGUAAUAAUAAUGUAUUUCAAAAGCAAAAACAUCAAUAAAAUU